AUGAUAGAGGUCCUCACAACCAACUCUCAGAAACUGCUACACCAGCUGAACGCCCUGUUGGAACAGGAGCCGAAAUGCCAGCCAAAGGUCUGGGGCCUGAGACUCAUUGAAUCUGCUUACGACAAGGGCCUCAGGAUGACUGCGAGGCUAAGGGACUUUGAAGUGAAGGAUCUCCUGAGUCUAACUCAUUUCUUCGGCUUUGACACAGAGACAUUUUCUCUAGCUGUGAAUUUACUGGAGAGGUUCCUGUCCAAAAUGAAAGUACAGCCCAAGCACCUUGGGUGUUUUGGACUAAGCUGCUUCUACCUGGCUGUAAAACCAAUAGAAGAGGAAAGGAAUGUCCCAUUGAUUUGA